GUAUAGGUAAUUUGGGUCCACUAAAAUAUAAACCAAGAUAUCCCGAAAAUUAAUUGAUACGGUAAGUUAGAAGUUCAAAGAUGAGCGCCAAACAGGGGCCGAUAUCAUCGUCUAACGUUGCACGAUCGUCCGACGCUCUCCUCGCCCGUCACCGCUAAUGGAACUUGGAGUUUAAGCUAUUGCCCUAAUUCUCCAUUGCAGUGCUGGUCGGAAGCUCGGAACUCGUAUUCUUUUGUCAUUCCACGAGGUACGCACAAUUCAGAAGCUCAUAGGAAUACGGCGCAGUGAUUAUAGUCCAAUUGAAUUUGACGACUGCAGAAGAUUCUUAAUUCAUGUUCGUUUUCGAAACUUUGAGUUGGCAAAUUUCGUAAGAAUCUGAAUUUUGUCGAUGAUUCGCGCUCAGAACAACGAAUCUAUACGUAACUCAGGUGCUGGUGGGGUUUGCCUGAUGAGUACCAAAUGGAGAGACGAACAACAUUCAUCCUUCAUAAACUUUAUAUCCUGCUUCCUGACUUCAAAUUCCUUUCGGUUAAACUUUGUGCCAAUUGCACCUGAUCUCAUCUUUAACUGUGGGGGUUUAUCGCUGGCUUUCAUUUUUGUCAUAAAUUACGACUGCAACAAUCCUGGACCUAUGUUUAGCAGAGCUCAGAAACUGAAGAGUCAAUUUGCACAUCUCUAUGUGGUCGUCAUUCUUCCCUCAAAGGAGCAGAAUGAUUCUUUUGUACAUUCUUAUUUUAGUUACUGUAAGGAUAUUGGUAGACCAACAUUUGUUCCAGCUCUGCAUCUAGAAAUGGGGUUUGAGAAGAUUGUAAGAAUAGCACAUGCUCGUGGUGUGUGCAAGAGGCACGAUGUAGUUUCCAAAUUGAAAGCUGAGAGAGAGAGGUCAGUCCAAGGGAUGAAUGCCUUCGUCAGAGUCAUCUCCUCAAUCCCACGUGUUGAACCUCAUGACGCUAAUGCGCUUCAAAGCAUAGGAUCAAUCGAAGCAAUAGCCAAAGCAUCAAAGGAAAACAUUCUGGAAAACACUGACAUUUCAUCCGAAAAAGCUGAGAUGAUUUCGAGAUUUUUCAGAGACUGCAAGUUCAACAUGAGCCCCAGAAUUGUGUGAGCUUUUACACUUUCUAUAUUAAAUAGCAACCAACUUUUCAAAAUGAAUUUGAAGACGUUUGAUUGGUAUUUUUUGUAAUACAAAAAUAGUUUUUAAUGCAUUAAAUGGUAACCCAUUUUCCAACA